CAUUUUGCCGUUUGAAAUUUCAAAACAAUGUCACUCUAAUCGCUGCUCGCUGCUCUGCUAAGCGCUGAUCACCGGGCCUGCUCUGAUACCCAAAAAGGGACCAAAAUUGCCAUGGAAAUCCAACGUAUUGUGGUCUGCUUAGAAUCCCAGCACACUCCAAAUCCUCAGGAACAAGAACAGGUGGAAGUAGGAUCAAGAAGGAAGCCAAAAGUGGAGAAACCAGAGAUGAUUGAGAUUGUGAACCUAGACGAUGGUGAUGAUGAUGUGUUUUUCUACUCACCCAUCUCAAACAAAGGUAACACCAGGAGAACUGCAAUAGCUGUUGAGCAGUACAGUGAAGAAAGAGACCUUAACCUUGCUAUUAUAGCCUCCCUUAAAUCCACCAACAAAACCAACAAGCAGGAAAAUUUUGUCCAUCUUUCCCAUGAUAAUCAUGAUUAUUACUAUGUGGAUGAUGUUGGUGGUGGUGUUGACGAUGAUGAUGAUGAUGUUAGAGUACUUAACUUCAAACCCCAAUCCAACAUUUCUAAGGUAGGAAGAAAUAGCUUUAAAGAUUCGGUGACCGAAUGCGGACAAUCUUCUAAAGCCAAAAGCGACCCUGAAUUCGUCUGUGAGAUAUGCGUUGAACCCAAGACUGGAGAUGAGUCAUUUGACAUCAAGGGUUGCACUCAUGCUUACUGUAGGGACUGCAUGGCCAAAUACUUAGACUCAAAAUUGCAAGACAAUAUAGCUAAAAUUUCUUGUCCUGUAUCAGGUUGUGCAGGCUCAUUAGAGCCUGAGUAUUGCCGUUCAAUCCUUCCUCAGGAAGUUUUUGAUAGGUGGGGCAAUGCUUUGUGUGAAGCUCUGAUUAUGGGGUGUCAGAAAUUCUAUUGUCCCUUCAAGGAUUGCUCAGCAAUGUUGAUUGAUGAUGGAGGAGAGGUCAUAAGGGAAUCUGAGUGUCCUAAUUGCAGGAGAAUGUUCUGUGCACAAUGCAAGGUCCCUUGGCAUUCAGGGAUUCAGUGCCAAGAGUUCCAGAAAUUGCAUGAGGAUGAGAGAGAGAAGGAGGAUAUCAUGUUGAUGAAGCUAGCAGAGAAUAAGCAUUGGAGGAGGUGCCCAAAUUGCAGGAUAUAUGUUGAGAGAACACAAGGUUGCAGGUAUAUGAAAUGCAGGUGUGGCGCUGCUUUCUGUUACAGCUGUGGAACUGCUAAAACAAAUACCAGCUCCCAUUACUGUAAUUACUGCAAGGGUUGACUCUUCUACAUGAUUUGGGUUUUGUUAGAAGGAAAAUGAAAUAUGGCAAUCUAAGUUAACUCCAUUAAAUCUUUUUAACUAUAGCAUGUACUAAUGAUAAGCUGCUGAAAUGGAGAAAUUUGUCAAUUGGUCAAAAUUAUGAGAAGGUUGUGAAUGUGGGCAUUGAGUUGAAUCUGAGUUUGAUUAAAUGAACUGAAUUUAAGUUUAUCAA